GCCUGCCUGUCUGCCGUUGCCGAAGUGCUUGCAUGUCGAGUCGUGGUCAUUUGCGGGCUGCCUGACUUGAUUCCUUGUACUGCUUAUUUUGCCGGGCCUUUGUUUCUUUGUUGUCAUUGCCAUUGUCAUUGUCCCUUGUCCGCGUCGCUUCAGCUCGUCGGCGUCGCUUUACCGUUUCUAAUAUUGGGCUUUCUUUCUAGGAUGGGUUGGGCGAGGGCCAAUUUGGCUCGCCACGAUCUCCCACAAGGCCGCACAGCAUGCGUCGACGCCAGAGUAUGCAAGUCCUCGAGCUCGAGGCCAGGGUCGAGCAGCUCAUAGCAGAGAACCGUCUGCUCUCCGACGCCCGCCACAGCUCCGAACAGCACCUAAGCCACCGUGUUGUCACCGCUCUUUCCGACCGGGACACGCAGAUUGAGGCUCUCAACCAGAGACUCAAGUUCCUCAAGGGCGAGGUAUCUCGCCUGACCGAGGUCAAUGAAGGCCUCACCAGCGCCAACGCCGAGCUGGCCAACAAGGACAACAGCCGCUAUGCAGAUCUACAGGUCUACGCCGACCGUGAUGGCAACGAAGCCGCCCUCAUGCAGGCUCUGCACGAGAAGGAUGCACAGAUUGCCGACCUGACGACCAAGCUGGAUGCUGCCAAAGAGAGGAUCCGCGAGCUGCAGCGCCAGAUUCUCGAAUCCAAGGCUGCCGACGUGCAGUUCCUCAACAUCAAAGACGAAGACUACUUUGAUCAUCGCUGCCAACAACUAUGUUCCCACGUUCAGCAAUGGGUUCUUCGCUUCUCCAAAUUCUCAGAUAUGCGAGCCUGUCGCCUGACCAAUGAGAUCAACGAUGAGAAGAUCAUCGACCGGCUUGACAAUGCCGUACUAGAUGGCUCUGAUGUCGACAGAUAUCUCAAUGACAGAGUCAGGCGGCGUGACAUCUUCAUGUCCAUGACCAUGAACAUGAUCUGGGAGUUUGUCUUUACUCGGUACCUGUUCGGAAUGGACCGAGAGCAGCGACAGAAACUCAAAUCGCUGGAAAAGCUGCUGACCGAAGUUGGCCCAGCACAAGCCGUACGCCAAUGGCGUGCUGUUACCCUUUCGUUGCUCUCCAAGCGUGACUCAUUCAAGAGGCAACGAGACCUGGACACGGAGGCUGUCGUCCAGGCCAUCUACCAGACCCUAUGCAAGGUCCUCCCGCCGCCGUCCAAUCUGGAGGGCCAGAUCCAAGCCCAGCUGCGCAGGGUCAUGCACGAGGCUGUCCACCUCUCAAUCGAGAUGCGGACACAAAAGGCCGAGUACAUGAUGCUGCCGCCCCUCCAGCCCGAAUACGAUGCAGACGGCGAGCUUGUACAAACCGUCCAAUUUAACGCGUCCAUGAUGAGUGAGCGGAGUGGAACGUUGAAGCUCACCAACGAAGAGCUCGAGGCGCGCGGCGCCAUUGUGCGUGUUGUCCUCUUCCCUCUCGUUGUCAAGAAGGGAGACGACGAUGGCUCCAACGAUGAGGAGAUUGUAAUUUGCCCUGCUCAGGUUCUGAUUGCCCGCAGCAAGCUCACGCGCCAACCCACGCCAUCAGACGGGGGGAGAACUUCUACGGGCACAGGCCGUCUGAGCGGCGGCACCAACUCGCCCGAUACCAGACAGGCGAAUGCAGCCGUGAAUGCAGCCUAAGGAGGGAUUUAUGACUACACUAUUUAUGAUGACCUUUUUCUUUUACUCUUUUUCUUUUUCUUUACAUACAACUCAUAAAGAUUUUGAGAAAAAAGUUGAGCGAUGGUGUUUUUAUCCUUUUUCUUGUUCUUGUUUUGCAUUGCGUACAUAUCUCUCUGUUAUGACGGCUUUUUGGAUUACGUCUCUUGGAUUUUCUGUUUAGUGCAGUGAUGAAUUUUUUUGGUUUUAUUUUCUUCUUUUCAAUUUUCUACACCGGGCAAAAUGCGGGAAAGCAAAGCAACCUGUUUAAUACAUGGUUUGAUGAUACGAUACCUAUUCAUUGGAAAUUUUCGUGCUGCGGCGUAUCUUUUUUAUUUACCUUUACCUUUUUUUUUCUAUAUCUUUUGGGUUCACAGAUUAUGAAACUUCUGUUGCUACAACUCAGAGCUUGUACUUAAUCAUUGGCUUUUUUUGCUCUUGCGAGAACGCGAGUGUGUGUUCAUUUUUUAUGCAAUGUUGACAUGAAUUUUAAUGCGUCUCUUGAUAACUCUUUUUACGUCUUCUUUCGUUAUAUUCGUGUUUUUAUUUACCUGCUUUGAAUAUGGCUAGGCCCUAGAUUUAUGACUGAAUGAACUAGAAAUCUCCACUGAGAUGCAUCAUGA